AUGGCUUCCAAAUACGCCUUCGCCCAGUCCCUCAAGGAGGUUCGCUUCCUCUUCUGCCAGACCUCUGAGCAAAGCGCGGCCGUCCGGUUAGCCCAACCCUCUCGCUACGCAGCUGGCACAUCCUUCAUAAACCGCGCGUAUCCCACGAUGAAGAAGAACAACCCCACCAUUCCCAUCCUCGUUCGCGAGGCCCAGGGUACUAUCCCCAAGGUUUACGCCCGAUACGAUUUCGGUACUGAAAAGUCACAAUCUCUGGAAGGUCUUUCGGAUAAACAGGUCGAGGAUGCAGUGGCAGGAUUAGUCAAGGAAGGACCAUGA